CGAGCUUUGCUUCUAGGUUUAUGAUUUUUAUUAAACUUACAAUUUCAAAUCGAUCGAAGUUUUUACAUUUAAUCGUUUGAUUUUUAUAAAAAAAAUAAUUGGAAAAACACAAAACAUAAAUAAAAGCUAAUAAAUUAUCUUACAGUAUGGAGCAUGCUCAUACAAAAGCAGUGGAAGAAAUAGUGAAAUAUUUCAAUUCGAAUAUUGAUGAUGGGCUGUCGGAUGAACAAGUUUUAAAAAAUCGAGAAAAGUUUGGAUACAAUGAGUUGCCAGCAGAAGAAGGAAAGCCACUGUGGAGGUUGAUAUUGGACCAGUUUGAAGAUCUAUUAGUUCGAAUAUUAUUGCUGGCUGCUAUCAUAUCAUUUGUGUUGGCAUUAUUUGAAAGCGAGGAAGAGCAGAUAACAGCCUUUGUUGAACCCUUUGUUAUCCUUUUAAUCCUCAUUGCUAAUGCAUGUGUGGGUGUUUGGCAGGAACGAAAUGCAGAAAGUGCCAUUGAGGCCCUUAAAGAAUAUGAACCAGAAGUUGCAAAAGUUAUAAGGAGGAACCAUGUUGGUGUUCAACAAAUCAGGGCCAGAGAAUUGGUGCCUGGUGACAUUGUCGAUGUCGCUGUUGGUGACAGAGUUCCAGCAGAUUUGAGACUGGUGAAAAUAUUUUCGACCUCAAUAAGAAUUGAUCAAGCUCUGUUGACUGGGGAAAGUGUGUCAGUGAUAAAACAAACUAACCCAAUUGGGGAUACGAAGGCUGUCAAUCAAGAUAAACUCAACAUCUUAUUUUCUGGUACAAACAUUGCCAUUGGCAAAGCAAGAGGGAUUGUUGUAGGAACUGGUCUGAACACAGAAAUAGGAAAGAUUCAGAAAAAUUUGAAUGAAGAUUCAGAUUUCAAAACACCUCUACAGCAAAAAUUAGAUGAGUUUGGGCACCAGCUCUCAAAACUAAUAACAAUAGUUUGUGUGGCAGUCUGGGCUAUCAAUAUAGGACAUUUUAAUGACCCCGUACACGGAGGCUCUUGGUUUAAGGGAGCCAUCUAUUACUUCAAAAUAGCAGUGGCUCUUGCUGUAGCUGCCAUACCCGAAGGUUUGCCUGCUGUCAUCACAACUUGCUUGGCACUGGGCACGAGGAGGAUGGCUCGGAAGAAUGCAGUUGUCAGGUCAUUGCCCUCUGUUGAGACUCUCGGAUGUACUUCUGUCAUCUGCUCUGAUAAAACUGGCACUUUAACAACUAAUCAGAUGUCUGUCUGCAAGGUGGCUAUUGUAGACACAGCUCAUGACAGCAAAGUUUUUUUUAAUCAGUUUGGUGUCUCUGGAACUACAUACAAUCCUGAAGGCAUUGUAACACUGAAUGGUAAGAAAGUAAUUGCAUCUGAUUAUGAGGCUCUCAAAGAAUUGAACACCAUCUGUGCUCUCUGCAAUGAUUCAAGUCUUGAUUAUAAUGAGGCUAAAGGAUGUUAUGAGAAAGUAGGAGAGGCUACAGAGACAGCCCUAGUGGUGAUGGUCGAGAAGAUGAACGUAUGCAACGUGAACAGGAGCAAGUUGUCAAAGAAGGAUGCCGGUGGUUACUGCAAUAGAAUGCUGUGCAACGCGUGGAAGAAGAACUUUACAUUAGAAUUCUCGAGAGAUCGAAAGUCAAUGAGUGUCUUCUGUACAUGCACACUUCCCGAAGAGCAUAAGAAGAUCAAAGGAUUCGUUAAAGGUGCCCCGGAAAGUGUACUUGAGAGAUGUUCGUACAUCAGGGUGGGCAAAGAUCGUAUGCAAUUGAAUCCAGAGAUCAGGAGUCAGAUCCUCAAACAAGUUAAAGCCUAUGGCACUGGACAUGACACACUAAGAGUCCUUGCACUGGCCACCAUAGAUGAACCACACAACAUUUCUCAGUGGAAUCUUUCUGAUCCGAGCAAGUUCAUUCAAUAUGAAUCAAACUGUACAUUUGUUGGCCUGGUUGGCAUGUUGGACCCCCCCAGAACAGAAGUGAGCUCUGCCAUCAAGGAGUGUCAUGAUGCUGGCAUUAGAGUUAUUGUCAUAACAGGAGACAACAAGGCUACAGCAGAAGCCAUAUGCAGACGAAUUGGAAUUUUCGAAGAUGAUGAAAAAACAGAAGGCAAGUCAUUCACAGGCAGGGAAUUUGAUGAGUUGAACGAGAUGCAGCAGGCUAAUGCAGUUAGAAGGGCUAAGCUGUUUGCAAGGGUUGAACCUAGUCACAAGAGUAAAAUUGUUGAAUAUCUUCAAGCAUUUGGUGAAGUUACUGCCAUGACAGGAGAUGGUGUGAAUGAUGCCCCUGCUUUAAAGAAAGCUGAAAUUGGAAUUGCCAUGGGAUCAGGAACGGCUGUUGCGAAGUCUGCAUCAGAUAUGGUGCUUGCAGACGACAACUUCUCGACAAUCGUUUCAGCUGUCGAAGAGGGUCGGGCCAUCUACAACAAUAUGAAGCAGUUUAUCAGGUACCUGAUAUCAUCAAACAUCGGUGAAGUUGUUUGCAUCUUUCUAACUGCUGCCCUUGGCCUGCCUGAAGCUCUCAUUCCCGUGCAGUUGUUGUGGGUCAACUUGGUGACAGAUGGCCUGCCAGCUACGACACUUUCGUUCAACCCACCUGAUCUUGAUAUCAUGCUGAAGCCGCCGAGGAGUCACAAAGAACCAUUAAUCACUAAUUGGCUUUUUUUUAGAUACAUGAUAAUUGGAAGUUAUGUUGGCGUGGCAACAGUCGCAGCAGCAACGUGGUGGUUUGUGUUGUACUCCGGAGGACCUCAGUUCACAUACAGCCAACUUACCCAUCAUUUGCAAUGCUCUCCAUUAAAAGAUGAUUGGAAAGGCGUGGAUUGCGAUAUGUUCUCCCACAAGAAACCAAUGACAAUGGCUCUGUCAGUUCUCGUUGUUAUUGAGAUGUUGAAUGCCCUCAACAGUAUAUCAGAGAAUCAGUCGUUGCUUGUGAUGCCUCCCUGGUGCAACCUCUGGCUGAUCGGCGCCAUCAUCCUUAGUAUGACUCUCCACUUUGUUAUAUUGGAAGUCCCCUUCCUUGCUACAAUCUUCCAGAUAACACCGCUGAAUGUUACGGAGUGGAUGAUGGUCCUUAAGAUCUCGGUGCCCGUCGUACUGAUCGACGAAUUGUUGAAGGUUAUAUCGAGAUUGUACAACGAGGGUACUUCUGCAUUGAAACAAGCCGCGUAUGUACCCAUCAUGUGGGCCCUAUACGUCGCAUAUGUCUACAAUUAUUGAACUUUUUUAUCUAUUUCUUAAUGGUUUUUUAUUGUCGUUUAAUAAAUAAGUUGUGACCCUGCUCUAUUAUAUGUUACUGAUGUGUUUUAUAAUGUUUAAUGUGACUAUUCGUACAUACAAAUAACUUUUUUCAUUGUACCUGUACAUUCUUAGGUAUGUAAAUUUAUUUAAUUUUGCGCCUGCAUUUAUGCAUACCUGUAUAUAUAAUUAAAUGGGAUAAUUUAUUUAUUAGCUCUCUAUAGGUAGGUACUUUUUGCUUGUGUUUUUGAUGUCUUUCUUUGGAUAUUUUUCAAAUGUAUUUUUAUCGUUUCGAUCUACAUUACUACGUAAAGUAAUAAUUCGAUGUUUCUAUUUUUAUUAUUUAAGUCUUGAUCAUUUGUUUAUUUGUUAGGUCCUUAGCAAUUUUACUCCAGCAUGAAUUAUGUUGCGAUGGCAUAUCAAAAAUCAAUCGAAUUUCAUGUAAGUCUGUAUAAAGCAAGCUGGGAGAUGUUCAGUUGAAACAUGUACUACCUUAUGAUGCAAUGCCAGAAUGUUUAUAACAAAUCGACCGCUGUCAUGCUUCAUCACGUUCAUACUUUAUACGCGUUAUUACACGCGCAUGCAUACGCGGGUUAUUGCCUGCCUGCCAAUCAUUUAUUCCUAAUAGUGACUGAUUUAUUGGUAAUUUACACUUUCGAUAGUUGUCAUUAAUUUUGUUCUAACCACUGAAUCGAGGAAAGCAAGAGUUGAUCUAUUUCAUAGAAAUAUAUUAGUCGUUUUUGCCGUCUUGCGUGUCAUGCAAUAGCAGGGCCUGAUCACUCACUUGCUUAAAAUUUUCCGACAAAAUUACUAUUAACUAGUGACACUUCAAAAUUUAAAUUCUUAUGUAAUAUGGUUCAUUUCAUGUUUGAUUCCGUGAGAAAGACAUUCUUCCAUGUGUCCGUCACCAUCCACGUUCAUUAAAUGCAUCAAGUUGCACAGGCGAAACGAUUACUACGUUACUUAAUAUUUCUAGCACUGCACAUAUGACGACUGCUGUUAACUGUUUAAAACUUUGCUUAAAUGCAUACGCCAUCAACAAUGUAACCUAUCGCGUUCAUUUCAGUACAUGCAUGUCGUGUAUGUGUCGCUUAGUUACUUGGCAAACGAACGAACUUCCUUCUUCCAUGUACCUAUUUCAGCGCUUUCAUGUUUUUACUAUAAAAUGUGUUUAAAUUUCAGGUCAAUAAUAAUUUUUCUUUGCCAUUU